AUGUCACUGAGCAAACUGGGGAUGUCACCGAGCAAACUGGGGAUGUCACUGAGUAAACUGGGGAUGCCACUGAGCAAACUGGGGAUGUCACUGAGCAAACUGGGGAUGCCACUGAGCAAACUGGGGAUGUCACAGAGCAAACUGGGGAUGCCACUGAACAAACUGGGGAUGCCACUGAGUAAACUGGGGAUGCCACUGAGCAAACUGGGGAUGUCACCGAGCAAACUGGGGAUGCCACUGAACAAACUGGGGAUGCCACUGAGCAAACUGGGGAUGCCACUGAGCAAACUGGGUAUGUCACUGAGUAAACUGGGGAUGUCACUGAGCAAACUGGGGAUGUCACUGAGCAAACUGGGGAUGUCACCGAGCAAACUGGGGAUGCCACUGAGCAAACUGGGGAUGUCACUGAGUAAACUGGGGAUGCCACUGAGCAAACUGGGGAUGUCACUGAGUAAACUGGGGUUGUCACCGAGCAAACUGGGGAUGCCACUGAGCAAACUGGGGAUGUCACUGAGUAAACUGGGGAUGCCACUGAGCAAACUGGGGAUGUCACUGAGCAAACUGGGGAUGCCACUGAGCAAACUGGGGAUGUCACCGAGCAAACUGGGGUUGUCACCGAGCAAACUGGCGAUGUCACUGAGUAAACUGGGGAUGCCACUGAGCAAACUGGGGAUGUCACUAAGUAAACUGGGGGUGCCACUGAGCAAACUGAGGAUGUCACUGAGCAAACUGGGGAUGCCACUGAGCAAACUGGGGAUGCCACUGAGCAAACUGGGGAUGUCACUGAGUAAACUGGGGAUGCCACUGAGCAAACUGAGGGAUGCUCACUGA